AUGUCCGCCGACACAGCCGUUACUCCUCCCGCCGUUACUCCUCCCGCCGUUACUCCUCCUGCCGUUACUCCUCCCGCCGUAACACCCCCCGCCACAACACCUCCCGUCGCAACACCUCCUGUAGCUACACCCGCACCUGUCCCUACUGAUACCGUCGCGCAACCAGCUACUACAAUAUCUACUUCACAGCCUUCUGCAAUACAACCAUCUUCAUCACCAUCUUCAGUCCCUGUUCCUUGUAUUCCCGACGCAACAACUCCAGGUAAUCUGACAUGCACUGAUACCAACAGCUAUUGCAACACUACUAGUCAACUUUGUACUGCAAAACAAGCGAGCGGUUCAUCGUGCAGUAGCAAUAAUGAAUGCUUGUCAAGUAGUUGCGAUAAUGGCGUAUGUUCGGACGGACAAUCAGAUGCAGGAAGUACAACAGACACGGGAAGUGGGUCAAAAAGCAACACGUUAGUUAAAGUUGCUAUCACCGGUGGUGUUGUUGGACUCAUAGCCGUGUUGGGCCUUGCAUUCUGGGCAAUCCGUUCUCGCAGAAAAAAGCAGUCAGGUGGAUAUAAAUCAAGCGGACCUGGCGUUGCCCCAAGUGUAUAUAAUGAUGCAACAUCCUUGAGCGUAGAGAAACGAACUAGUAAUGGUGGAUAUCCAUUCUCAGCUCCAUAUACUGGAUUUUCCAGCAACAACAUUCAGGAACCAGACUCAACUCAUUAUGUGAACAAUAUACAAGCAUCAAAUAGAGCGAAUGAUCAAGAAGAUUACGUUGAUCAGAGAAUGAUAGCCGAAUAUAAUGCAGGGCAAAACACAGAUCAAAACAGGGGAUUCUCGAAUAAUGGCGGAAAUUACUAUUCUGAAGAGUACAAUGGUUACGACAACAGUUCGUUUGAUCAACGAUCUCCUCCCACUUUUCCACCUCCAGCGGUGGUAGUUCCUAUACCGGAACGUCAGUCACGUGAGGCAAGGAUGUCUGAUAAUGAUUCGGGUCAUUCUGGCAAAUUAGAUUUGGCUAUUGCAGCAAGAGAUCUUCUUAAACAAGGCACAGGUAAUCCUGAGGUCAUGCUAAACGGCGAUGCUGUAUCCGCCAAAUCUCCACGGGAUUCUAAUGGAUCCUACAUAAGCAACCAGGAUGAUGACAAUUACCUUGCAACAGAACCGAUGUAUCUUGGUAUUGAUAAUUUUGCAGAAGAUGAUAUGCGAACUACGAAGAAUAAGCCUACUAAUGGGCGGUACAAGAUGCAAUCAAUGUAUUCUAGAGAUUCAAACUUCUUUGCUGGAGCACAAAACGUUCCUCCGAAUCCACGUGCAGUCCAACGUAGAUCGUCUUCGAAGAGAACCCUCGAUGCAUUUGGUGGUGGUGAUGCUGGAUCUGAUUACAGUGAUGACGAGUCCAUCAUUUCCGUAUCACGUGUUCCACAGGCAUCGGUAUCUACUCAACAUGCACCAAUAUUCAAGUCUUAUCAGGCAUCUGCUGAGGAUGGAUCAAAUAUGUCCGAGCGGUAUAGGCGUGGCAGGAAUUAG